AUGGCUGCUUUCAUUUAUGGUGGUUUCUAUCGAAUGGAUCGACUUCAUCCGCGGAAAACCACAAAAAGCGUUGGAAUGGCAUCCACUUCGGGUAGCGGUAGUGGCGAUCUCCGGAUAAAGACAAAUGAUGGAACAUUCAUUGCGUCAAGUCAGCGACCUGAUGGAACAUGGAGAAAACCGAGAAAAGUAAAAGAAGGAUACGUUCCACAAGAAGAGCAGCCCAAGUAUAUGUCGAAAGGUCGUCAAGCCGCUGAAAUACCAAAACAAAGAUUUCCCGUUGGAAUGACACCGAUGGCAAUGGCAAAAGGACAAAUGCCGACAGGACCGAAGAAGCCGAUUGUAGCAAUCGAGAAAGCCAGCGCUUGUAUCACACCGCAAGACCACGUGAAGAGGAAAAUGCACAAUGUACAAAAGAAAAUUGACGAGAUUACUGCUCUGGAGCAUCGAAUUGAGAUGGGUGAAAAGGAGAAACUCGAACAAAAUCAACUAUCAAAAUUGGAUCGUAGAGCCCAUUACGAAGAUGAAAUGCAUAAAUUGGAAGAAGAAUUAGAAAAGCUCGACGUGACCUCAAGCAGUACAAAA